AUGGGUGAGGCGAUGACAGAAGUGCCUGCCCGGGCACAUCCUCAUGCCCUGCCUCUCCGCAUCGCCAAAAAGUACAACAUUUCCAACAAGUACUUCUACAUGGACGUCUGGCCCUUUCAAGCACCCAUCCUGUAUGUAUUCGACCCUGCGCUCUCGCAGCAAGUCACGCAGGAGCACAGCCUACCCAAAUUCGAAGGCCUCAAACCGUUCAUGAUCCAUCUCGCUGGGCCCGGUGAUAUGGUGUCCAGCGAUGGAGCGCACUGGAAGAAAUGGCGGAGUAUCUUCAACCCUGGGUUUGCUGCGAGCCAUCUCAUGACGCUUGCGCCGUUUAUUGUGGACAAGGCGACGAUUUUCACGCAAAGGCUCACCGGUCGUGCGGAGAGGGGAGAGGUGUUCAGAUUGGAGGAGGAUGCCACCAGACUGACUGUGGACAUCAUUGGCAAACUUACUCUGGAUCUCGAGCUCGACACGCAGGAGAGUGAGAACGAGAUGGUGACUGCGUUCCGGGAUCAGGUGCACCUGCUUCCGAACGGUGGACCGCUAGAAGUCUUGAAGAUGUGGCAGCCAACGGGAAUCUGGAAGCGGUGGAGGAAUGGCCGUAUCAUGCGUUCGUAUAUUGGGAAUGUGCUGGACCAGAGGUUCGCCAAAGAAGCGCAAACGGCCAAUGGGUCCGCUGGUGGUAAGAAGCAGCGCAAGCGUGCUAUUCUUGAUCUUGCUCUGGAAGGGUAUAAAUCGCAGCAGGAGGUUGGCGGCCAGUUUAAAGCGUCUGCUGGUAUGGACACCGAGUUUAGAGAAGCAGCGAUCGCUCAGAUCCGUACCUUCAUCUUCGCCGGCCACGACACCACCAGCUCGACAAUCUGCUACGCAACGUACAUGCUGCAAAAGAACCCGGACUGCCUCGCGAAGAUCCGCAAGGAGCAUGAUGACAUCCUUGGGCCCCUCGAAUCGACACCAGAAGCCAUCAAGAACGACCCUCACGUACUCAACAAGCUGGAAUACACCUUAGCAGUCAUCCGCGAGACGCUCCGGAUGUGGCCUGCAGCAUCGUCCACACGAACCGGAGAAGCGGGCUACACGGUCCGCGACCCCAAGACUGGGGAAGCGCUGCCGUCAGAAGACAUGCUGGUCUGGGUGGUGCAUUUCGCGCAGCAUCGCCAUCCGGAUAUUUGGGGUAAUGAUGCACAUGAGUUUCACCCGGAGCGGUUCUUGCCUGAGAAUGUUGGAAAGCUUCCUGAAGGUGCUUGGAGGCCGUUUGAGAGGGGGCCAAGGAAUUGCAUUGGACAGGAUCUUGCGUUGCUUGAGACGAAGAUUAUAUUAGCAUUGGUUCUGCGCCGUUUCUCGUUCAAGCCAGCAUUCGACUCGCUGGAAGAGCUGAAGAAUGAUGGUUCUUACUACUCGAAGGAGGAAGACUGGAAGAAAGGAAAGCAGGACAUUGAUGAAGAGGAGGCCUACCAGAUUCUUCUCGGCGCGGCGAAGCCACGAGAAGGCAUGCCGAUGCGCGUGAAGGAGAUGUUGUAG